GAGCGUUGCGACUUGCUCAUGGUUUGUUUUCAUAUGUAAUUAAGCUGAACUCUAUGGCUCAUUCGAAAUAUACAUUUAACUCAUGUCAUUAUUAAUGUCUUACGUGGCGUUUAUUGUGUGUUCACACCGCUUGAAUACCGAAAGUUCACCAUUUUCUGAAUCAUUAUUCCAACGCGUCACCCAUUUUAUUUCUGAAAUCUUUGAGUAUAUCUUGAAAUAAGUUCAAAAAAGCAUAGGAAACUUGCUCGAAAGCGUUUGACCCUAAUUGAUUUCUAAUGGAUGGCUUACUGAUAGAAGUAUUUUUUCUUAGAAUCAUGAAAUUUGACUAAACCUUGAAAACAUGCACUUUAUUUUCAUAAGUUUUUUAAGACUAUAAAUUUCCAAUUUCUACUACCGUCAGUAUUUUGAACUUUAUAAACCUCAGAAUUACAGUUUUAUUUGCCGUCAAGAUUUUUUAGAUGGGGAUAGUGAACCGAGUUUGGUUCCGAAGAUCUUGGAGGCUCUAUCUCAUUCUUAAACUUUCAAGCCAUCCUUGGAUCAUUCAAACCGUAAUUGGAUGUAAACAAUUAUAGUGUAGACAAUUUCAGAGUUGACAGAAUUGCGCUUAACAAUGUGGCAUAAAUGUUUCAAGUUUUGCAGGGAUUAUAUUUUCUGAAAGCCCCUCAAAAUUUCUCUAACAGAAUUAUAAAGAUGUAGUGUCUAAAUUGUGAUGGUCGCAUGGUAUCUUUAAUCCUUACGUUCAAAUUCUGUCAAUGCGUUGUUUCAUUGCUCUGGCAUUCUGGGAGUUAUAUUCAACAUCACAGUCAUUUUCUUUCUAUUUUCUAGUGUCAUCAUUCUGGGUUUUAGUUUUGCUGCCGAUGUACAAGUAGAUAAAUAUAUGUAUACAGCAUUUUAAGUAUCUCACGUUCAAAUCGUAUUGUGUUCACUGUUCAACUACGAUUUUACUGUAAGACCGGUUUUGAAUUCAACCAAACGUUACAGCAUUAAUUUGCUGAAGAUGUAGGAACACGAGUAAUUUCGCAGAAAAAUUAUUUUAAAAACUGGUGUUUGAAGAGUAGUAUCUCUUUUGAUUCUUCAUUUGUGAGCGAAGCCAGAAUAUAAAUUUUUAAAUGAUUAAAAAGGUAAUUAAUCAGUACAGAGUUCUUUGUACGGACGUCUAUGGUAUUCACAAUUGCUGCUUAUGAAAUUGUCAAGAUUUCUUAACCCGACAUUUACUCUUGUUUUUUAUCUUUUAGGUAGUCAUUUUCCACCGAGCUCCAUCUACUUGAAUUGGUCUUUCUCACACAGUAAGUACUUUUACUAGCAAACAAGAAAUGGAUGGAAUCGUCACGUAUGAAUCCUCUUCCUCUGAUGAUGACAUUUCCAAACAAGAUACUGCCCCAACACAACUUUUAAAAAGUAGUUUAAUUAAAUCCAUCGAUGUUGCGCCAGUUGUGGAGCACAAGGAUGAGUUUCUAUCUCUUGUACCUGUUGAUCCACAAUCUCAUGAACUUAUUCAUAAUCCUACUUAUGAAGAAUUAUUCGCACCAUCUUUCGGUCCAGUCAAUCCGUUUAAAUCUGAAAAACAAUUGGCUCCUAAAAAUACUUUAACUGGAUAUGUUGAAGAGGCUCACGUUAAUAAGUUUGCUUUUGAAAACCAGCAUAGAACUUUUAUGACUUAUGGUUAUGCAGCAGAUCCUUCUGUUGAAGGAGGUGCUGAUCGACGUUUAGUUGGAGAGACAGAAAGCAUGACAGAAAAUGAAGGAAAAACUGCAUUCGAAAAGCGCCAGAAACGAAAAGGUGAUCUACGUAAACGUGAUAGUAAUUGGGAUCCAACGAGUGAAGAUUAUACUGGACCAUGGGCUAAAUAUAAAGAUGAAGUAACUGUUUCGGUUCCUUCUGAAGAGGAUCGUGUUUAUUUGGAAGCAUAUUUAGCAAAGAAAGCUAGCAAAAGAAAAGUUGUCGAAGAAGCCCCGAUUGAAGAAAAAUCUACACUGCAUAUACCAACACCAUAUGAUUAUCAGGGUAGAAGUUUCUUGCAUGCACCGCAUGAUAUACCGAAUGUGAAUUUACGAGCAACUGAUCCACCAGAAAGAUGCUUUUUACCCAAAAGACAAAUUCAUGAAUGGAUUAGUGCACAUGCACGUGGUGUUGCAGCAAUUCGCCUGUUCCCUCAUACUGGUCAUUUAAUGUUAUCUGCUGGAAUGGAUUCAAAGAUUAAGCUUUGGGAAUUAUACAAAGAACGUCGAUUAAUUCGUAGUUAUAUGGGUCAUCGUCAAGCUGUUCGUGAUGUAUCAUUUAAUAGUAAUGGAACAGCAUUUUUAAGUGCAUCUUAUGAUCGUUAUGUAAAAUUAUGGGAUACAGAAAUUGGUAAAUGUACAAAUCAAUUCAAUUUAAAACGUGUUGCUUAUUGUGUACAAUUUAAUCCAGAUGAAGAUAAACAACAUUUAUUUUUAGUUGGUUGUGCUGAUAAAAAAAUAUUAUGUUAUGAUACGCGUAGUGGUGAAGUUGUCCAACAGUAUGAUCGUCAUUUAGGCGCUGUCAAUGCUGUUGCAUUUGUGGAUAAUAAUAGAAGAUUCGUUUCAACAUCCGAUGAUAAAUCGUUACGUGUAUGGGAAUGGGAUAUUCCAGUGGAUUUUAAAUAUCUUGCUGAUCCUUCUCUACAUUCAAUGCCAGCGGUUAGUGUUUCACCGAAUGGGAAAUAUUUAAUUUGUCAAUCUCUUGAUAAUCAAUUAGUUGUAUUUAAUAUAUUUGCUGGUUUUAAACGUAUGCGUAAAAAAAUCUUUCGUGGUCAUAUGGUGUCAGGUUAUGCAUGUACUGUAGAUAUGUCACCAGAUAUGCGUUAUGUAAUCUCUGGCGAUGGUGAUGGUUAUUUAUGUUUAUGGGAAUGGAAAACAACUAGAUUAUUAACAAAAUGGAAAGCACAUGAUGGUGUAUGCAUUAAUUGUGCAUGGUUACCACAUGAAACAUCGAAAGUAAUUACUGCCGGUUGGGAUGGGAAUAUACGUCUUUGGGAUUAAUUUUCUUUGCAUAUACAAGACAAAAAAACAGUAUAGUAUUUCAUACUAUCAUUUAUAUUUUUCUACAGAAUUAAUAUCAGAUUAUAUUACCAUUCCAAUGUGUACAUAUUUCUUUUCCCUUGAUAUAUCUGUAAUAAAUGUCUUUAACUCA